GCAAAAUUUGGAGGGAGUUUAUUAACAAAUGAGUGCGACUUUGCCUCUUUUCAAUGCCCAAUUUCUUGAGAUUCUGGCUGUUCUGCAUCCAAAUAUUAAACAAUCAAUUCCUUUUAUAAAAAGCAAAAGACAGAAAUAUUUAUUAUUAAGCUAAAGAAUUGAUCAAAAAACUCGAUUCACUUUUCUCAAAAACCCGAAUAUAAUCUCAUUCCCAAUAGCUUCCACUUCCAUCGAGAGAUUUUCUUUCUUUGUUUUUUUCUGUGAUUUUCUCCAAUGGCUAACUCCAAGAAGCAAGCAUGGUUUUUUUAUACCACAGGCUUACCAAGUGACAUAGAAAUCGAAGUUGAUGAUAUAACAUUUCAUCUUCAUAAGGUCUCAUCUUCUUCUCUGUUUUUUUUUCUUCUUUCAGAGUUUACUCUUAAAAACUAAAACUGAUAUGUUGAUCAUUCUUUCUUCAGUUUCCUCUAAUGUCAAAAAGCAAAAAACUUCACCAACUAAUAACAGAGCAAGAACAGAGUAAAGUUUAUUCUCACAUCAAGCUCGAGAAUUUUCCAGGAGGUUCAGAGAUUUUCGAGAUGGUGAUAAAGAUAAGCUACGGUUUCAAAGUCGACAUCUCUGUUUCCACAGCUGUUCCACUCCGUUGCGCCGCCGAGUAUCUAGAAAUGACGGAAGAGUACUCACCGGAGAAUCUCAUUUCAAAAACAGAGAAGUUUCUUUCAGAGUUCGUCUUCACUAACGUACAAGAAUCCAUCAAAGCGUUGAAAGCUUGUGAAUCAGUCUCGUCUUUAGCUGAAUCACUCUGUAUAACGGAACAGUGUAUAGACUCCAUCGUCUUCCAAGCUUCCUCAACCGAUCCGUCGUCGUUUUACGGUUGGCCAAUAAACAACGGAGGUAUAUUCACCGUUGACCGGAAGAAACAGAGCAAAGAUUCGAAAACAGAGCUUUGGUUCGAAGAUCUAACGGAGUUGAGUUUUCCAAUCUUCAGACGUGUGAUCUUAUCCAUGAAGUCGAGUGUCCUGAGUCCUGAGAUUGUAGAGAGAUCUCUACUUACUUACGCGAAGAAACACAUUCCAGGAAUCUCGCGUUCAUCGUCAGCAUCUUCAUCUUCUUCUUCUUCUUCCACCACCAUAGCUUCCGAGAAUCAACAAAGAGAAUUAUUAGAGACGAUAACUUCAGAUCUUCCAUUAACUGCGACGACUACGAGAUCUCUCUUCGGUUUGUUACGAGCCGCGAUCAUUCUCAACGCCUCCGAGAAUUGCAGGAAGUUUCUAGAGAAAAAAAUCGGAUCGAAUCUUGAGAAAGCUACGCUUGAUGAUCUUCUCAUUCCAAGUUACUCGUAUCUCAACGAAACGUUAUACGAUAUUGAUUUGGUGGAGAGACUCUUACGUCGUUUUCUCGAAAACGUCGCCGUGUCGUCGUCGUCAUUGACGGUGGUUGGGAGAUUGAUCGACGGAGUUCUCGGUGAAAUUGCAUCGGACGCUAAUCUUAAACCGGAACAGUUUUAUAAUCUGGCGGUUUUGCUUCCGGUUCAAGCACGGGUUUACGAUGAUGGACUAUACAGAGCCGUCGAUAUAUAUUUCAAGACUCAUUCAUGGAUAUUGGAGGAAGAGAAGGAGAAGAUUUGUAGCGUGAUGGAUUGUAGAAAACUGACUGUUGAAGGAUGCACACACGCGGCACAAAACGAGCGUUUACCACUACGAGCCGUCGUACAAGUUCUGUUUUUGGAGCAGCUACAGCUCCGGCAAGUAAUCACUGGGACUUUACUGACGGAGGAAGACGGUGAUAAAACGGUGGUGGACUUGGGUAGAUGGAAGGAAGCGGUGAAGGAGAAUCAGGUGCUUCGUUUGGAUAUGGAUACGAUGAGGACACGAGUGAACCAGCUAGAGAAAGAAUGCUUGUACUUGAAGAAAGUGAUCGCGAAGAUCGACAAAGAAAGUUUGUUGAAGGCGAAGCAUGGGGCGGGGAAAUGGUCAAUCGGGAAGAAGUUCGGAUGCAAAUUUUCGGCUCAAGUUUGUGAUUCACAGGAGGCAACGAUGGUCGAUAGAAGAUCACGACGUUUUCUUAGUUAGUACAUAAAUCAGAAUCAUCUUGUGCUUCUAAAAAUUGUAUUUUUACUUCUUCUGUAUAUCUUAAAGAAAAAGAUUGAUACUUUAGAUUGAAUGGAACUCUAAAACACACCCUGAUGGACUUGUUAUUCAGAGAAUCAUAGUAUAAUGAUUUAGAGAUUAUGAAUGUAAAUUUGUAAGA